AUGGCAGCCGGAGGGGUGUCGCGUCUGUGGAGGGAAUGGGGGAUUCAAAUCCUUGUCCUUCUGAGCUUCGCGCUGCAAGUACUCCUCCUCGUCUUCGGAGGGAUGCGUCGGCGUGGCCUCUCCACCUGGCUGAGGGUAGCCCUCUGGUUAGCGUACCUGUCGGCGGAUUCCACGGCGAUAUACACCCUGGGCCAUCUAUCCAUCACCAGCGGGUCACGUGAGCACCAGCUGGCCGCGUUCUGGGCGCCCUUCCUCCUCCUGCAUCUCGGCGGGCCAUACAACGUCACCGCCUACGCGCUCGAGGACAACCGUCUUUGGUUGCGCCACCUGCAGACCCUUGUUGUGCAGGUUCUUGGAGCUGCUUAUGUCCUCUACAAGUACAUGGCCGACAGCGGGACCUUGCUUCAGCUGGCCUCAAUCUCCAUGUUUGUUGCCGGCAUUGUCAAGUACGGUGAGAGGACAUGGGCUCUCAAGCGUGCCAACGACAACAAGAGCAGCUCUGGUAAGGAGGUUAACCCUUAUGAAUUAUUGAGACAGGAUAUGGGUGACGAUGAAAUCCUGCUCCGAGCGCACUCCCAGUUCGCCUUCUGCAAGUCCGGCUUCGACGAUACCAAGGUGGCAAUGCGCCCCAAGCCCCCAAACGCGGCUUCACCUCGUCUCUCACCUUUCUAUGACGAGGAUAUAUUCAAGUUGGUGGAGAUGGAGCUGUCCCUGAUGUACGACACACUGUACACCAAGGCAGCAGUGAUCCACACAUGGUAUGGGUUCUGCAUCCAUUCCAUCUCGCUGGUUGGCACAUCAGCUGCCUUGUGCUUGUUUCGGCUCAGGCUCGGCAGAGGGGAUCAUGGGUACAACAGGGCAGAUGUAGCCAUCUCUUACAUUUUGCUGGCCGGGGCUUUGGUCCUGGAGGUCAUAUCAGCAUGCAGGGCAGUAUUGUCUAGUUGGACAUGUUGUUUCGUUCUCCGCAAGGCGGAGGAUUACAGCGGGAGCACUCGGGCUGCUUGGCUAGAGUGGCUUCACUAUUAUGUCCUCUCUUCACUUCGCAAGCUUUUCAAGCCGGCAAACAGGAGACUAUGGCGGGGCACCAUUGGGCAGUAUAACAUGCUCCAUCUGUGCACCCGGGACCGGACCGGCCUUGGGAGCAAGCUGGCAGCGAAGAUAGGGCAGGAGGACUGGUGGAACAAGCUGCAUUUCUCGGGCACUUUCUGUGGCACUGAUUCGUUGUCGAUGCAGCAACUUAAGGGAUUGCUCUUCAAAAUGAUACGGCAGAAUGGGUUUGUGACGCUCCCGGGCCCUUUGAGCACAAUGACCACAAGAGGCAGCUUUAUCCUGGAGCGGAAGCAAGCGUUCAAGGGUGUUGCCAAAUGGACUGUGCUCAACGUUGAGUUGGACGAGAGCAUCGUUAUAUGGCACAUCGCAACUGAUUUGUUCAUCUGGGAAUCCAAGGCUGGCCAUGAAGUAGAGCUUAUUGAGGCUACAAGGGUGCUAUCCAAUUACAUGAUGUUCCUGCUGGUGGCAAAACCCAACAUGCUACCUGGCCGUGAACGCAACACGGUACAUCUUAGGCCCUCCAGGAUCCUGGAAACAAUAUGGCGGGUACAUAUCUUAGGUAACGAGGACAAAUCUGUGAGGGCAUCUCCCGGAAGCUGGAAUAAGUGCUGUGUAGUACUUAAGGAAUUGUUUCACCAUGAAGGCCCAAAUGGCUCCAGGAUCAAUCGGGCUCAGAGGGAGAAGCUUGCCGAGAGACUGCUUGCCAACUGGUCUUAUGUGCAUGCGCAGCAACUUGAUUCGCAUCCAGAGGUUCUUGAAGGGUCACGUGACGAGUUGUACACGUGUGCAGUCAAUCUCACCAAACAGCUCCUCCACUUGGGUAGGCCUGACACGUUGGAACUCAUCUUCUCCGUGUGGGUGGAGAUGAUGCUUUAUGCUGCGGAUCACUGUCCCCGGGAUUCCCAUGCCAGGGAGCUCAGUAAUGGCGGCGAGUUUAUCACCAUCCUGUGGCUUCUGGAACAGCACUGGACGUACGUCUACAAACACAAAAUAGCAUGUUAG